UAGAAAGAGUCGGAAGGAGCGGCGGCGCGCACGGAGCUGGCCUGGCUCCUCGGGAGCGCGCCGCGGGGCCCCGCCCUGUCUCGGUGCUGCGGCCAGGCUCCGGAGCCCGCGGGCGGCAUUGGCUGGGCUACCCAGUUUUCAGGAUUUACAAAAGGUGCAAAUUUGGGCAGUUCUGAAGACUACAAUUUUGUGAACUUGUAAAACAGACAAUCCGUUUGAAAUGUGGUGGUUUCAGCAAGGCCUCAGUUUCCUUCCCUCAGCCCUUGUAAUUUGGACAUCUGCUGCUUUCAUAUUUUCAUACAUUACUGCAGUAACACUCCACCACGUGGACCCUGCCUUGCCUUACAUCAGUGACACUGGUACAGUAGCUCCAGAAAAAUGCCUAUUUGGGGCGAUGUUAAAUAUUGCUGCAGUUUUAUGCAUUGCUACCAUUUAUGUUCGUUAUAAGCAAGUUCAUGCCCUGAGUCCUGAAGAGAACAUUAUCAUCAAGUUAAACAAGGCUGGCCUUGUACUUGGAAUACUGAGUUGUUUAGGACUUUCUCUUGUGGCAAAUUUCCAGAAAACAACGCUUUUUUUUGCACAUGUCAGUGGAGCUGUGCUCACCUUUGGUAUGGGCUCAUUAUAUAUGUUUGUUCAGACCAUCCUUUCCUACCAAAUGCAGCCUAAAAUUCAUGGCAAACAAGUCUUCUGGAUCAGACUACUGUUGGUUAUUUGGUGUGGAGUAAGUGCAUUUAGCAUGCUGACUUGCUCAUCAAUUUUAUACAGUGGUGAUUUUGGCACUGAUUUAGUACAGAAACUCCAUUGGAACCCUGAGGACAAAGGAUAUGUGCUUCACAUGGUAACUACUGCAGCAGAAUGGUCUAUGUCAUUUUCCUUCUUUGGUUUUUUUCUGACUUACAUUCGUGAUUUUCAGAAAAUUUCUUUACGAGUGGAAACGAAUUUACAUGGAUUAACCCUUUAUGAUACUGCUCCUUGCCCUGUUAUUGAUGAACGAACACAACUACUUUCCAGAGAUCUUUAAUGAAAAUCUAAAAUAUUUCUGUGCUGAUUAUGAUUCUCAGGGAUUGGGAAAAGAUUCAGAAAAGUAGCUUACUACCCUCUGAAAUUUUCAAACAGUUAAUCAAGACUGACAGUGACAUGAAUCCUGAUAAUCAGGAGGCAUGAAAUAAGUCAUUUGAUAAGUCAUUUUAAGGAUAUCAAGAGGACUAUUUAAAAACAUUUAUGCCUAUACUUUUUUAUUCCAGGAAAUAAAGGACUAUAACAUUGUA